UUAAUCCGGCUUGCAAAGCGUUUGCAUUAGAGAAGUUUUAACGCGAAAUGACGCUGAUUGUCGUCAUCAAGUAAUUUUCUCUGGACGUCGGCUAAUCGACAGACAUCCGAGAUAAUUAAAGUUGUUUUAGUAAAAUUAUUUAAGAAAAGCCUUGGUUAACCAUCAUGUAUUUAUAUAAUUUGACUUUACAAAAGGCUACCGGCAUUACACAUGCAGUGCAUGGCAAUUUUUCCGGUAGCAAGCAACAAGAAGUACUGAUAUCACGUGGCAAAUCCUUAGAAUUGGUUAGGCCCGAUUCGAAUACCGGGAAAGUUCACACUUUGCUUUCGACUGAGGUAUUUGGUUGCGUACGUUCUUUGAUGGCGUUCCGUCUAACUGGCGGUAACAAAGAUUACAUUGUUGUUGGCUCGGAUUCGGGCCGUAUAGUGAUUUUGGAAUAUAAUCCUAUUAAAAAUAGUUUGGAAAGAGUUCACCAGGAGACUUUUGGUAAAUCCGGAUGCCGCCGCAUCGUUCCUGGCCAAUAUUUGGCUAUAGAUCCUAAAGGUCGCGCUGUUAUGAUAGGUGCUGUAGAGAAGCAAAAAUUAGCUUACAUACUGAACCGUGAUGCUCAGGCUAGAUUAACUAUAUCAUCACCUUUGGAAGCUCACAAGUCCAACACAUUCACCUACCAUAUGGUCGGAGUUGAUGUCGGUUUCGAUAACCCUAUGUUCGCUUGCUUAGAAAUCGAUUAUGAGGAAGCUGAUAACGAUCCCACAGGUGAAGCAGCCGAACGCACUCAACAAACUUUGACAUUUUACGAGCUGGAUUUAGGCUUAAAUCAUGUGGUGCGAAAGUAUUCUGAGCCAUUAGAAGAACAUGCGAAUUUUCUUAUAUCUGUGCCGGGGGGUAAUGAUGGGCCGUCCGGCGUUCUAAUUUGUUCUGAAAAUUAUUUAACUUAUAAAAAUUUGGGCGACCAACACGAUAUACGUUGCCCAAUACCGAGACGUCGCAAUGAUCUAGAUGAUCCUGAACGUGGCAUGAUUUUUAUAUGUUCAGCUACCCACCGGACUAAAAGUAUGUAUUUCUUUUUGGUGCAAACCGAACAGGGUGACAUUUUUAAGGUCACCCUUGAAACGGAUGAUGACGUUGUAUCUGAAAUCAAAUUGAAAUACUUUGACACUGUACCACCGGCUGUGUCCAUGUGCGUUCUGAAGACUGGCUUUCUAUUUGUGGCCUGUGAAUUUGGUAAUCAUUAUUUGUAUCAGAUAGCCCAUCUCGGGGAUGAUGAUGACGAACCGGAAUUUAGUUCAGCCAUGCCGCUUGAGGAGGGUGAAACUUUCUUUUUUGCUCCUAGACCUUUAAAAAAUUUAGUGAUAGUGGAUGAAAUGCCAUCGUUUGCUCCUAUUAUCACCUCGCAAGUGGCUGACCUCGCUAAUGAAGAUACUCCGCAGGUCUAUGUGUUGUGUGGUCGCGGGCCUAGAUCUUCAAUGCGUGUACUACGUCAUGGAUUGGAAGUUUCCGAAAUGGCCGUUUCUGAAUUGCCUGGUAAUCCCAACGCUGUCUGGACUGUAAAGAAGAGGAUCGAUGAUGAAUACGACGCGUAUAUAAUUGUUUCAUUCGUAAAUGCUACUUUGGUUUUAAGUAUCGGUGAGACGGUUGAAGAAGUGACGGAUAGCGGCUUUCUUGGCACCACACCGACUCUGUGUUGUGCCUCUUUGGGUGAGGAUGCCUUGGUUCAAGUGUACCCAGACGGCAUACGUCAUAUACGUUCAGAUAAACGUGUAAACGAGUGGCGAGCGCCUGGUAAAAAAUCUAUUACUAAAUGUGCUGUGAAUCAACGUCAAGUUGUUAUCACCCUGUCUGGCCGAGAGUUGGUUUAUUUUGAAAUGGACGCGACGGGUGAACUCAAUGAGUAUACAGAACGUUCGGAAAUGCCUGCCGAAAUUAUGUGCAUGGCUCUGGGCACCGUGCCCGAAGGUGAACAACGUUCAUGGUUUUUGGCUGUUGGCUUGGCAGAUAAUACUGUGCGUAUUAUUUCUUUGGAUCCCAAUGAUUGCUUGUCGCCCUGUUCAAUGCAAGCGUUGCCCUCCCCUGCUGAAUCGUUGUGUCUGGUUGAGAUGGGUCAAACUGAUAGUAGCGUUAGUGGUGGUGGGCAAAAUGCCAAUGAAGAGGUUGGUGAAAGGACGAACGUCUCAAAAGGUACGAUUUACCUAAACAUUGGCUUGAGCAAUGGGGUUUUGCUACGCACUGUAUUGGAUCCUGUAUCGGGUGAUCUAGCUGAUACUCGUACGCGGUAUUUGGGUUCUCGGCCUGUCAAACUAUUUCGUAUAAAAAUGCAAGCUGCUGAAGCGGUGUUGGCUAUGUCAAGCCGUACGUGGCUCUCUUAUUAUUACCAAAAUCGUUUUCAUCUAACUCCUUUAUCCUAUGAGACGUUGGAAUAUGCUUCAGGCUUUUCAAGCGAACAAUGUAAUGAGGGUAUUGUAGCAAUAUCAACGAAUACGUUGCGUAUUUUGGCAUUAGAAAAACUGGGAGCGGUUUUUAAUCAAGUGUCUUUCGCUCUCGAUUAUACACCCCGUACAUUCGUAAUACAUCCCGAUACGGGUCGCAUAAUUAUAGCUGAAACGGACCAUAACGCCUAUACCGAGGAAACAAAAAAUGCUCGUAAGCAACAAAUGGCAGAGGAAAUGCGUAUGGCUGCGGGCGAAGAGGAGCGUGAGCUCGCCAAUGAGAUGGCUAGUGCAUUCAUCAAUGAAGUUUUACCGGAGGACGUGUUCUCCGCCCCGAAGGCCGGCGUGGGCUUGUGGGCGUCUCAAAUACGUGCUAUAGAUCCCAUCCAGGGUCAGACUUUGUUCAAAGUACCUUUAAGCCAAAAUGAAGCCAUUAUGUCUAUGGCUGUACUCAAAUUCUCUAUAACGUCUGACGGCCGUUAUUACUUAGCGGUUGGAAUAGCCAAAGAAUUAAUGCUUAACCCACGCAUUACGAAUGGCGGGUUUAUUGAUAUUUACAAAAUUGAUCCCACCUGUUCGCAGUUAGAAUUCGUGCAUCGUACUGAAUUAGAAGAGGUGCCUGGCGCGUUGUGCAGUUUUCACGGACGCUUAUUGGCUGGUUGUGGUCGUGUCCUACGCAUUUACGAUUUGGGAAAGAAGAAAUUGUUACGAAAAUGUGAAAAUAAACAUAUUCCCUAUCAGAUUGUUAAUAUAAUGUCGAUGGGUCAUCGUGUGUACGUUUCGGACGUGCAGGAAUCUGUAUUCUUUAUACGGUACAAACGAGCGGAAAAUCAAUUGAUUAUUUUUGCCGAUGACACUCAUCCACGUUGGAUUACAGCUACCACUCUGUUAGAUUAUGAUUCCAUAGCUAUUGGCGAUAAAUUUGGCAACAUGAGUAUACAACGUUUGCCACAUUCUGUAACCGACGAUGUUGACGAAGAUCCCACUGGAACUAAAAGCUUAUGGGAUCGUGGUCUUUUGUCAGGAGCUUCCCAGAAAUCCGAGAACAUAUGCUCAUUUCACGUGGGUGAAGUUAUUAUGUCGCUGCAAAAGGCCACUCUUAUACCGGGCGGUUCGGAAUCUUUAAUUUAUACCACGCUCAGCGGUACGGUAGGAGCUUUUGUACCUUUCACCAGCCGAGAGGACUUUGAUUUUUUCCAGCAUCUGGAAAUGCAUAUGCGUAAUGAAAAUCCACCCCUUUGUGGUCGUGAUCAUCUGAGCUAUCGUAGCGCUUAUUAUACAGUAAAGAACAUCAUUGAUGGCGAUCUUUGCGAACAGUAUUUGUCAAUAGACCCCACAAAACAGAAAAGCAUAGCAGCCGAUAUGUUCCGCACACCGAAUCAGGUGUGCAAGAAACUUGAAGAUAUACGCACCCGCUAUGCAUUUUAAGAUGGUAAUAACGAUACGUAGCCAACUCGAACUUAAGAUAUUAUUGGUAAUAAUGAGAAAGUUGCGCACUUUCUAUCAGGACCGAGGCGUUUUGAAUGAAAAUAUAUAAUUUAACAACUGCAUCUUAUCCAUUUUUAACUAUUUCAUCAUCAUAUUGCGAUCAUUCGUGUAGAUUAAAUGUAAAUUGAUUAAUUUAGUGGUAAAGAUAAUUAGAAAUAAGUUUAGCUUAAGUUUUUUGUACAUUCAUCUCAAAAAAACAACCACACUCAUAAACUGCCCAUUAAUCAAUAAUUUGAAAUCAUUUAGUUUUCAAGUAAGCAUAUUUAAGUGUAGAAUAAUUUCAAACCAUAAAGGCUUGAAUCUUAAAAAAGGAGAUCUUGGCAAGCGAGUUCUUAAGAGGAAAGAAACAUGUAAGAAAUAUUGACACCUUUUGUUUGCAUUGUAAUGCAUUUCCCUUAUAUAAGGGCAGCAAAGAGCGUCUUCUUCUUUUAAAAGAGUUUGGAAGAAGAGAGAGAGAGAUGGCAUCACUUUUAUAAAUCAUCAAUUUUGUUUAUUUUAAAAAGAUUCAGGCCUUCAUAGUUUAUAGUAUAGAGACUUUAAGAACAAGUAGUUGGACAUCUUCGGUAUUCGUGUUGCAAAAAAAUUGCCACAAAUAUUAAAUAUGUAUUUCUUGCCUAACACACACGUUAAUAACCUGCAUAGCCAUUUUGACACAACACAAUGUUAGUUGAAGUGCUGUUGUUUUUCUUUUUAAUGAGGCAAGAUUACGAAUCAACUAUACACGUGUAGCCUUUUGCGGUACGCGUAUGCUUAUUUUAGAAUUAUCUCAUGUAAAAUAUUUAUUCGCAUAACAUAAUGUUCAAUAAACUCAUGGAAUCCAAACAGUCAAGCUAUGAACGGUUUAAUUGAAAUUUUUUAAAGCAACUUUUUUAAAACGAACAAAGCAUGAUGAUGGACAAUAUAGAAAAGGUGAUGAGCAAUUUCUCGCCCUACAGACUUUCGGGACGACAUCACAAAUAGUAUGUUCCUGGUCGGUGUUUGUUUGAGUAAAAACCCAUUGUAAGCAAAAAGAUGAAACACCUCGCUCUGACCUGCUUACCAUUACUAAUUUUAGCUACUAUGGCAUAUAUAAAAUUAAAAGAUCAUUUACUUUCCUGUAUAUACUCUGCCAUCAUGCUAAUGGGCCAUAUAGCAUUCAUUCUAUUUCUGGCCUUCCCUUAAGGGUAGGUUAAUGACUUCCGGCAACAUUUUCGCCUACCACACAUGCCAAAGAGAGCAAAAUAGCCGGCCGGUAUAUAGUAUACAGUAACUUCCGUUUUUUUUUUUUUCGCUGAGACAUUUACUUUACUUUCGUUGAAUAACAAAAUUAUAGUAUUAUGUAUUCGCCACUAUUAUGUAUGGUCUUCUUCGAUCUUUCUGGCAGCUUAUCAAAUCCUUCCUUCUUGUAAAAUGUGUUUGGUUUGCACCUGAAGAAAUUUUCGACAGCUUGAUUGAUUUGCUUUUUAGAAUUGGAGGUUUUCCCAUUCAAAAGGUUUUGUAAGGAACAGAAAACUUGGUAGUCUAUGGGGGCAAUGUUCGUAGAUUAAGAUGGGCGUGGUAAGAUAGACCAUCCAAGGUCAAGAAUUUUUUUUCGAGGCAAGCUUGUUGUAUGCGGCUGCGCAUUGUCGUGUCGCCUCUAACAUUAGUUCUUGUGGCAACAGCGGAAUUGUUUGUCCUUUUGGAAAGCAUAGAAAGCUACGAUAAAUGAGAUUCUCAUUUAUUUUUACAAACGGUGAACGACAAAGCGUGUGCUGCCUUCUGUAAUGCAAAACAAAGAGAAUAAGAGACUGGUUCAUGUCGUGUCGUCGGGACGUUACAAUGCCUCUAGAACCGUCGGCAACCGUCUAGUUCAAUUGAUGACCACCAAAAAUCGGUCGCCGGGUUAUUAUAGAUAGGUAAGCCUUAAACCCAUCUUUGCCAUUGACUGUGCGACUCUCAAAAAGGUGAGGGUUUCGGCACCUCUAUGUUCACCCAUUAGGGAUCGCAUAGGAUCAUCUUAAUGUAUUUUAUUGUAUAUACGAAUAAAAUAAAAAACAUUUUCAGGAAACUAUAUUUGUAUUCAUCUGCUGAACACAAAAUAUCUUCUAACGAGAAUGAAAAUUUCAUGUUCGCUUUUCUGGCUGAGUUGGGAAAUAUUUUGUUAUUGGUUAAAUCAAAAACUUUGCAAAUAAUCUCCAGCGAGGAGCAAAUAAAACUUUUUUUCGUGUGGGGCCGAAACGAACUGUUGACUAUGGUUCUCACAAUCCAACAUUUUUUACACUCAUCUAUCGCAUACUCGUCUACACAAAUGAACAAACAAGUUUUCAAGACUCAGUUCUUUAGUUUCGAUCUUUGGACUAAGCACUUAUAGGAUUUCAGAGUCAAAUAUUCCAAGUUUGAAUUCGCUUCUGGGCUAUACCGCUGGCAAAUUGAUGUCUGUCAGACCUUCUUCAACGCAAGAUUUAAGCGGAGAAUGAAAAGUUGCUACAUCGUGCGCUUGUGGCGAGCCUCGUUAUUAAUGGUAUAAUUGGUUUUGACGGCGGUAGAGUUCUUGUUGUCACUCUUCUCAAUAUUCUUAUUAUCCUCGUCUAUAUUCAUACACAAUAUCUACACUUGUAAUUUUUUCUUCCAAGUUUUUGGUCCAGUUGCCACAUACCCUAUCUGUUAUUAUAAAAUGUCCUAUUUAGUUAUAUUUUUAUUUUUUAAAGUAUAUGAAACAAAUAUAUCUUUUCUAAAUGCAUUCGUUGUUCGUCGUUUUUCACCUCUCAACCAUACUGUUGCACUCGUUGUGCGAUUGGUAAGUCUUUCCGACAUUAUAAUAUUGGAUUUUUAAAACAACUAACUAUUAACUGGCAAUGCAUUAAGUGCCACAAAAAUUAUUAUUAAUUGUCGGAUGACUUGAACACCUUUAUGUUUUCACUGUAAUUAGAGGCAUUCUAUGAUUUUACUCUUGAGUGUAUAGGAGAUUUCAACCUCUUGAAAUUUGUUCUUAAGCUCUUGUAUAAUAUGUUUUGUCUCUUCGUUGGUAGUGGUAAGUUUUAGUGCUCUUAGAACAUGUUUGACAAUACAAGCGUAGAGUUGUCUGUUAUCAAGGUCAGUUAAGGUAAACCUUCGACCAUUGUCGCAGUAACUAAUGUUUUUAUAAAAGCGUAUUGUGCAAACAACUCCAUAAUUUUGUUUAUCGAGGAAGAAGAGGAGGCAACAAUUUGUAUUGUUUUAAAAAUCUCUAUCAACACGUUUUGAAAGAGGCAGCUCCACUAAAGAAAAUAGAACUUAGUGUGUUUAUUGGUCCAGCGAAAUCAAUUUGUAUACGACUCGUUGUUGAUGACUUUGGUUGUUGGUGUCCAAGGAAUUAAUGUGCUUCGUUUAGGACUCGAUACGGUUGCUCUUAACGUAAUCCAAGUAUAUGCAGCAAGCAAGUUUUCAAUUUCAGUGUCUAGACCUGGCCAACGAACAUAUGACUGAGCUUGGAGACUUGCCUCUCACUAUUUCAAAGGGCGGGGCUCAUGCAGGGCAUCCAAAAUUGGUUUCCAACGGCCAGAAUGGUCAGAAUGAUUACUCUAUAACCUCAUAAAAUGCAGUCGUUUUCGACGGCUAAUGAAGUCUGUUUUUGCUCGGAAGGAUGUCAAGAGAGAUAAUGGAAAUCGUUGGAUCGCGCGUUUUCGCGAGCGACAUCUUUACAAGUUUAUUUGUUUGAUUUGUUUAAUAUUAUUUAUUCAAUUCAAUAAAAUUGAUGCAAGUUGUUUAUUCAGCUGUUCCAGAACAAAUAAUAUAAGGCGUUGUGAAGAACUCAUGAGCAGUGUCCUCAUCCUUUGAAGACGCUAUAUUACGCAUGUGUAAUGAAAAGCAGACACAGGGUUAACGAACAUUUACAAAUACGCGCUGGCGCCACAGAAGGCAGCCUCUUAAUAAUGGUUUACGACCUUCUCCCAAGGUGAAUGAGUUUCCUAACAGGUAUUGUGCUUCAAGCUUCGUUAAAAAAAUAUAAUCGCCAAAGCUUCUACUUCAAUUAUGCUAUAACUUUUUUAGGUUAGUUAUCCUAGAAAUGAAAGCAAUGGAUCGUCUACUUCGUUCAGGAAAAUUAGGAGGCAAUAUCUCUACUAGUUAAGUAUUGGAAGCAUAGGUGCUUAGAACUAUGAUCAAGUUAGGGUUAGACGUUAUGUCGUUGUGUUGAUCGCUUUUUAUUGUGCCAUAAGCCAAUCCGACAAACUUUGGUUCACUCAAAAAGUAAAAGUUUAUAUAGGAGCUUCAUUUUGCAAGAAAAGGCUUUCAUGGUUUUUAAACCAAUAUACUCUUAAUGGCGUAACAUUUUUUAGGAAUCUGUGCGACAAUUUAUCAAUUACAAAACCUAAAUAAAUUUCGACUGAUUUUGCAAAUCCAACAAACAAAAACACAGUGGGCAACGCUCCAUCAUUAAAUACACUACACCAAUGCGCUUAGUACAGACUUGGGGCUGUUUUUAUCGCUAGGCCUGACUAGCCAAAAAAAAUAAAGAAAUAAAAAAAUAUCUAUAUAAAAAAGGAAUACGACUUAUGUCGAACGUGCUUUGAUCUUAAUAUCCAUUAAACUACCCAUAUCCUAUAACUAACUUGGUUUUAAUUCCUAAUUUGGUUAUUUCUGUGGAUGAUGUUUUUAAAGGG